UCUUGUUGGACUUUAUAGGAUAAUAUUCUGUAUAUUAUGUUAUUAGAUAUUUUCGUUCUAAGUACACAGCACGUAUUUGGAAAUUAAGAAUAUUUGAAAUCUAGCGGCUGCAAAAUGAUACACAGCUUGUUUAUAAUAAAUCCAUCUGGGGAUGUUUUUCUUGAGAAACACUGGCGAAGUGUUAUACCAAGAUCAGUCUGUGACUAUUAUUUAGAAGCUCAGCGAGCUUCUCCUAAUGAUGUACCUCCAGUUUUAGCUGCACCUCAUCACUAUUUAAUAUCCAUACAAAGAGGCGGCGUAGCACUUGUUGCAGUCAGCAAGCAGGAAGUGGCCCCUCUGUUUGUUAUAGAGUUUCUACAUAGAGUUGUUGAUACUUUCCAGGAUUACUUUUCGGAUUGUACAGAGACAAUUAUAAAAGAAAACUAUGUUGUGGUUUAUGAGCUAUUGGAUGAAAUGUUAGAUAAUGGUUUUCCAUUGGCUACUGAGAGCAAUAUUCUCAAAGAAUUGAUUAAACCACCAAAUAUUUUAAGAACUAUAGCUAACACAGUUACUGGAAAAUCAAAUGUGUCAUCCAUAUUGCCAUCCGGUCAGCUAUCAAAUGUGCCUUGGCGUCGUUCUGGUGUGAAAUAUGCAAAUAACGAAGCAUACUUUGAUGUCGUUGAAGAAGUAGAUGCAAUUAUAGAUAAAAGUGGUGUAACAGUUUCAGCUGAAAUACAAGGAUAUAUUGACUGCUGCAUCAAAUUAAGUGGUAUGCCAGAUUUGACCUUAACAUUUGUCAAUCCAAGGUUAUUUGAUGAUGUUUCAUUCCAUCCAUGUGUGAGGUUCAAGAGAUGGGAGUCGGAAAGAAUAUUGUCCUUUAUACCACCUGAUGGCAACUUUAGAUUGAUGUCCUACCAUAUAGGAUCACAAAGUGUCGUAGCCAUUCCUAUUUACGUGCGGCAUAAUCUUACUUUACGUUCAAACGGAGAUCAAGGCAGACUAGACUUGACCGUUGGACCAAAGCAAACAAUGGGACGGACAUUAGAAAAUGUAGCGUUGGAGAUUUGUAUGCCUAAAUGCGUGUUGAAUUGUUCUUUGACAGCGAAUCAAGGAAAAUACUCAUAUGAUCCAGUCAGUAAAGUUCUUUUAUGGGAUAUAGGAAAAAUUGAACUUCCCAAACUACCUAAUAUCAGGGGAUCUGUAUCUGUAGCAGCUGGGGCCGAUACUUCUGGUGCAAAUCCAAGCAUAAAUGUGCAUUUCACAAUUCCUCAAUUGGCUGUGAGUGGACUCAGAGUCAGCCGACUCGAUAUGUAUGGAGCUAAAUACAAGCCAUUCAAAGGCGUCAAAUAUAUCACGAAAGCGGGCAAAUUUCAUGUGAGAAUGUGAUUGGAUCAUAUAAAUGGUCCGCGAAUGUUUAAAGAGUAAGCGGAGCCAUAACUCCACUUUUAUCACUGACCUCUAUAAAUAUACGCUGGAUAGCUUUUGCUUUAUUCAGUUCUGAAAGUGCUAGUUGAAGUUACUGAUUAUAUCUCUAAUAUUACUUCGAAUUCCCAACACCAUUAUCGUCAGCGCCAAAAUGGCACAAAAUAACACGGGCUAUAGCCUGUCCAGUAUAGAGGUCAGAGGUAUUUAUUCUCCUGCUGCCAACUUGUGCUCGGAACAGAUUAUAAUGCGUCAUUAAAUUAGUCUUAAUAUUUGUCAUCACGUGAUAUACAAAAUAUAUUAUUUUAAUUAUUGUAAUCGUAGUACGAUUACUGUAAUUAUAAGUUUUAAAAUCCACUUCUAAAGCAAACAUAGGUACGAAAUAUAUUAUCUCAAAUAAAACACA